CGUUCUGAAAAAGGUCUCGAGGAAACGAAGGCACAAAUUGGAGAAGUCGAUAAAGGUAUAACUGUACAACACUAUGUUACAGAUUUUUCAAAACCAAAUAUUGAUGAUUAUACGAAGUUGAUUCAGAAAGUUCUAGAAUCAGUUGACACUAAAGGCAUUGAAUUGGGAAUGAUUUUCCACAAUGCUGGUUAUGUUGGUACAGUAAAGCAAACAACUGAUUUAACUGAUAUCACAGCAUGGCGCGAAUAUUAUGAUGUUAACUUAUUUUCUGUUGCUAUGUUGAACAGUAUUUUCAUGAAAAAAAUCAGACCUGUCGCUCCACAGUUGGUGGUGGUAAAUAUAACAUCCCUAGUUGGGCGCACACCUUUUGCAAACUUGGCAAUGUACGGUUCAGGAAAAGCUGCCAGAGACAUUUUUUUCAAAGUUCUGGCUACUGAAGAACCCAAUGUUGUGGUUUUUAAUUAUUCGCCUGGUCCUGUUGAUACAGAUAUGUUUGAAUAUAUUGUAGAGAAUGCCCAAUCUACAGAAGUUCAGAAAUCAUUUAAAGAGACAAGAGAAAGUAGUAUUUUGACAACUGCCCAAACUGUAAAUAAAAUGUUGGAGUUAUUAGAAAAGGGAGAUUUUAAGUCUGGUGAUACUAUCGAUUACUUUGAUUCUUAACUGAUUUACAGUUAAGUAUUAUAAAAAAUUAAUCCUCAUACAUGAACCUCUAUUAUUUUCAGAAUUAUUCUAUACAAUUUUUAUGAAUCUCUUUUUUAAUAAACAAUAACUAGCAGACUGAACGUAAUUAUAAGUUUCAUAUAAGUAUGUAACUUUCAGUAAAACCUUAGUUUUAUCCAAGUUGGAAAAAAAUUCCCUUUUUUUAAAGAAAGCUAUAUGACCUUGUUGUG